CGGGCUCUCAUGUGAUGGCUCUUGCCGGUGACGUGCCAGCCAUAUGGGCGCUGGCAUCGCAGUCUUAGCUGGUAUGUAACCCCGUCCCCGGUAGCUCACGGUUGCUACACGCGCACUCACACACACAUGCAGACACACGCUCACUUACUCUCUCACUCAUAUACACACAGACACGCCAAGACGCACGUUCAGUUCACGAGCUCCGGUUAUUGGAGUGUGCGCGCUGGGAGAGAAGCACCCCUAAACAACCCAUCCGCGCGCUGCCUUGCACCCACACACUCACAGGGAGCGUUGGUUCGCUCGUGCGGUCCCUGAAGAUGGUCUGAAACUCAAGCGCGUUUUUUCUUCCCACCCCCUGUGAAGAGCUCGAGCCGAGAGCCAUAAUGUUGACGAGGCUUUUCAGUGACCCAUCGCUGCUCCCCGAUGUGCAGAAAUACUCGGGCUGGGCGGAGGACAGCGAUGAGGAGGAUUCGAAAAUGAAAGAUGACGAUCAGGACAUCCAGGACGACGAGGGAUCAGAGCUGAGAGGAAGCAGCCGGACUCACUCCGAGCAUGCCGGGGAAGACGAUGAGGACGACGACGACGACGAGGUAGAGGAAGAGGAAGACGAAGAAGGGAUAGAGGGGGACAUGCCCAAGAAAAGAGGGCCCAAAAAACGAAAGAUGACCCCGGCCCGUGUCGAGCGCACCAAGGUGAGGCGGACAAAGGCCAACGCACGGGAGAGGACCCGAAUGCACGACCUGAACUCUGCACUUGACAAUCUGCGUAAAGUGGUUCCCUGCUACUCCAAAACGCAAAAACUUUCAAAAAUUGAGACACUGCGUUUGGCCAAAAACUAUAUCUGGGCUCUAUCGGAGAUAUUGCGUUCUGGAAAAAGGCCCGACGUUGUGGCCUACGUCCAGACGCUGUGCAAGGGACUCUCCCAGCCCACGACCAACCUGGUAGCGGGGUGCCUGCAGCUAAACUCCCGUAACUUCCUAACCGAGCAGCAGUGUCCGGACGGGAGCCGGUACGCUUCCGGCUCCUUCUCCAUGCACUCCUACCCCUACCAGUGUGCGCGUCUCUCCAGCCCCCACUGCCAGCCGGGCUCGGCCUCGAACUCGCAUCCACUGAGGACGCACGGCUACUCGACUUACGACUCGGUGUACGGUGGGAGCGGAUCCCCGGAGUACAACAGCCCUGAGUAUGAGGCGCCCCUCAGCCCGCCUCUGUGCGUUAAUAAUGGCAACUUUUCCUUGAAGCAACAAGGCUCUGCGUCGCCCGAGAACGAGAAGGGGUACCACUACUCUAUGCAUUACUCCGGCCUGCCUGGCUCCAGACCCCCCGGGCCCCACAACCUAGUGUUUAGCUCUUCUGGAGCCACCCGGAGCGGCAUUCAUUCUGAAAACGUCGUGCCUUACCACGACAUGCACUUACAUCACGAACGUGCUCCGGUGUAUGACGAACUGAACGCGUUUUUUCACAAUUAAAAUGAGAAGCCCACCGUGCAGCCCUGUAAUCAACAAUCUAACCACGGCACACUUUUCUAACAAGCUUACCCGCCAGGAUUCAGGCAUUCUGGAGAGAUGUUUCACUUGUUGUCAUUAGUAUUUUCCUUUUAUUUCUCCCGUCUUUACUAUUUCUUAAGCUAUAUAGUCAGAGAUGUAGUGGAAGAUCAUCCACCUAAACCACAAUCUGAUUCUGUGCAACAGCUUAAAU